UCAGACUUGAGCAGCGGGAUUUCACGUAUUUUCCUAUUUCUUGGAACCGAAUGAUUAGACUAAGGAUUUUGUCUCCUCUUUCAUUUUUUUAUCUCUUCAUUUUUAUUUGUAGAAAUCUCAAUUCUCUUUUUUCAUUUUUCUUUUUCAUUUUUUAUUAUGCGCGACGACAUUCGUAUUGUUCUGGUCGGCGAUGAUGGCGUUGGCAAAAGCACAUUGGUCACUGCUCUAAUUAAAGAGACUUUUAUAUUAAAUGUUCAGGCGGUCGUGCCCGAGGUCACCAUACCGCCCGAAGUCACGCCGGAGAACGUCACGACGCACAUAAUAGAUACAUCGUCGGCGAGCGAGUCGCACGAGAUCCUCGAGACAGAGCUGCGAAAAGCCAACGUGGUCUGCAUUGCCUACGCCGUCGAUGAUCGCAGCAGCUUCCAGCGCGUUCACGAAUACUGGCUUCCACUCUUGCGACUACAGGGGAUUAACCUGCCAGUGAUCCUAGUGGGCAACAAGGUCGACUUACGCGACGAAGACACUGGGCACAGCACUGUGCUGGAGGACGAGGUUGUCCCCAUAAUGAACGAGUACCGGGAGAUUGAAAUCUGCGUCGAGUGCUCGGCCAAGGCCCUGCUCAACGUAUCAGAGCUGUUUUAUUUUGCGCAAAAGGCCGUUUUGCACCCCACACGGCCGCUGUAUGAUGCCCGCGAUCACGUUAUGAAGCAAAGGUGCUCGGACGCCCUGGUGCGCAUUUUCCGCCUGUGUGACAUGGACGGCGACGGAAUUCUGAACGACGCCGAGCUGAAUGAUUUCCAGCGCAAGUGCUUUAAUACGCCGUUGCAACAGCGUGAGCUCGAGGGGGUCAAGGAGAUUGUCAAGGCCAGUCGGCCUGACGGCGUGGUUUCCGGCGGCCUGAAUGUCGAGGGCUUCCUUUACCUCCACCUGCUGUUUAUUCAACGAGGCCGCGUGGAAACCACAUGGAUGGUGCUGCGGCGGUUUGGUUACGGCGACGAUCUCAGUUUACGCGAGGACUUUUUGUGUCCUGAGUUCGACGUGCCCUCUGACUGCUGCGUGGAGCUCAGUCCGCACGGCUACUCCUUCCUUACAGAGAUCUUCAAGCGCUAUGACGCGGACGGCGACAGCGCUUUUGUGCUGACGAGCUCGAGCAAAUAUUCAGCUGUCACCGGCAUUCCGUGGAAGCACAAUAAAUUCCCCGACUCCACUGUCACCAAUGCCGCGGGCUUUGUCACUCUGGAGGGGUGGUUGGCACAGUGGAGCAUGACGACGCUUUUGGAUCACAAGCAGACCUUGGCGUACCUCGCGUACUUUGGUUAUCCUGGAGAUAUCCGCGAUGGCAUUCGUUUGGUUGGGCGUCAGGGCGGGCUCGGCCAUGGUGCGCUUCGUCGGCGCAAGAAGGGCAAGCUGCCGCGCAGUGUGUUUCUGUGCUACGUCGUGGGUGCAUCUGGGUCAGGCAAGUCGUCGCUCAUCAGGGCGUUUGCCAAGAAACCAUUCUCUGAAGACUACGCGCCCACGACACGGUCAACCACCACAGUUAACUCGGUGGAUAAAUACCUUGUGAUGCAGGAGUUUGGACCCUACGAUACCAGCGUGCUGCAGAGUCGGCGGCAGCUGGAGGCCUGCGACCUUUUGGUAAUGGUUUAUGACUCGAGCGACCCUAAUUCGUUCUCGUACUUGACGAACUUGCGCAAGAAUUAUUCGUUGGAUAAUGUUCCGAGUGACUUGGAUUAUGUGGAGCAGAGAGGCGACCAGCCGCCGGACAUUUACUGUCGUGAGCUUAAGCUUACUGCGCCCGUCUAUGUCUCUGUGCGUGACGGGCAGAUUGCCAGUGUGUUCCAGAGGAUGGCGGCUAUAACCAGAAGCCCUCAGCCGCAUGUUUGGUCUGCUGCGAGGAUCCUAGGUAUCACUGCGUUGGCUGGUGUUGGGUUGGUUUCUACGUUUGUCGCGUAUCACGCUAUCAAGUAUUGGUGGACGAAUAUCCUUUAUUCAAGAUCGUCGUUCUCGACGUCCACCGCCUAAGAGAAAUGAAUUGUAGUUUUUCUUUUUUUAAUGAUGAAUGCAUUUUUGUUUCA